CGCCACCAUCGAUUGUUAUACGAAUUUGCUGUAGCGUAACCGCUAAUGCCGGAUCAAAUCCGCGUUAUUCUUUGCUUGACCACUGAAACAAAACACUGCCGGCGUCCAACUAGAGCGGGUCGCUUGAUUUUUUGAACGUUAAUGCGAGUCGUUCUCAGCUCGUCUCAGAUUUAUUCCGCUUGUUUGUUUUUGGGUUCUCGUCGGUUUUGUUUGUGUACAGCGGUCUUUGGUUUGUUUAUUAUUCGAAAGUGAGAGUUGAAAAGUGAAGAUUUCUGGCAGGAACUUGGCGGAUAUGUGGUGGAUUAUCGUACCCAUCCUCGUCCUCCCCAUGACGUCGCACGGGAGGAUGGAAUGUUCCAAAAGAGAGUACGACAAAUGCAUCAGGAUAGCGGAUCCUUUGGUGAAAGAGCCGCAUUUGGUUUUUCCGGAUAAUUUGGACGACAUAGACCAGGUGUGCAGGACGUGGAACCAAUUCGUGGACUGUCUAAAGACGUAUACAGACGCCUGCUUCACUCCUCAGCAAAGGAAGCAGUUCAACAGGGCGGUGGAGAGUCCGAUCGAGAGCGUUCAUCAGAUGUGCAUGCAACCCAGUUACCAAAGAGAAUACCUUCAACACGCCAGUUGUAUAAAAAACACGAUAAUACAAAGAUCACACUGUGGCCUUCAAUACAACCUUUUGGUGGAUCAGGUAGACCAAGGAGACAUAACUUCUAAAUCUACUUUAUGUUGUUCCCACGACAGAUUCAAACAAUGUAUUCAACGUGAAACGAGGAGAAUAUGUGACAGAGGUAUUUCUGAUGGACCUGCCAAUCGAUUUGCUACUCAAAUAAUAGACAAGGCUUUAAGUUUCUUGCAGGAUCAAUGUUAUAAUUACAUACCUAAUUCUGGAGACUGCGCAGUCCCAACCGCAGACUCAUUGCCCUACGCCGACCGAACCGACCCUCUGAUGAUAUCCACCUCCUCCAGCGAGGUGUACCCCUGGAGCACCAUCCAGCAAGAAGCGGUCCAGAAAGAAAUUUUACCAGACAGAGUUACUCCACCGAAACCGCCCACCCCGUCUUCGUGGCUACCAUCAUCAGUGGCACCUUCCAGCGGGAGGAUUCCCUCCACGGACGCUUCUUCUACGCAGAUUUUGGGGUCGCGAACAAGACCGGCCUCCUACGGAAGAGCUAGCAGUUGGUCGUCUGAAAAUACCCCUUCCGUAGGUGGGAAUACCGUGCAGAUGUAUCCGGAACUGCCUUCGACGCCGUCCACCAGGUCCGACUGGGCUACGGUGAGGGCGUGGAACGUCGGAGGGCAAGCCCCAGGUAUACAAAGUGGAACGACCAGAAAUUUUGAAACCAGCAAUAGUUAUCCUUACGAGUCGACCUCGUCAACAAGUGGUGUCUCUGAGAGUACGACGUGGUAUCCAGCGGCAGGCAACCAACUAAGCAAUGAAGUAGAAGAACCUAAUCAGCUUGGUCUACAGAAACCAAGACAUAAUAAUGCCGUGACGAUAUCAGCAACAGCACUACCUUUAUUGAUAUCAUUAACACACGUUUUGGUAGCUGUUCGUAAUUUUUAAGUAUAAAUAAAUUUUGGAAUCUUCAUAUAAAGCAAUAUAUUAUAGAUGUUAAAAUAUUUUUUUAUUUAUUAUUUUUACACUGAAAAUGUGAUUGAUUUUAU